UUCGUUUCCAUUAUUGCUCCAGAAGUAAUUGAACAAUUGCAGUAGAAAACAAUAAGAUGCAAACUAUCAGUUUAAUAAUCGUAGUCCUUAUUGGACUUAUCUCUUGCUCCACCGCAUUGGUUCACUAUAUGAAACUAGAAAAGGGAGCAAAUGGCUGUAUUUUUGAAGGAACAGAAAUAGAAGUUGGUGGAACAGUGAAAGAUCCAAAUACAUGCGGAGUUUACGUUUGUCAGAAUAAAGAGGGCGAUUCUCUAAUACAUUAUUGUCAGAUUCCGGCUCCUUUCCAGCGUUGCAAAGAGUUGGGCAUAUCGACUGUCACGGAUUUUCCUCAAUGCUGCUGGAUGUGUGUCAAUUAUAUUACUUGCUGAGAGAAUCUU